UUUGUUUACGUUUUGCCGCGGGGAGUUGCACGUGUGGGCGGCGUUCAAAAAGAUUUACGUUUAUUUCACGUUCCUGACCUCGCCCGCCUAUAAAAGGCGGGCGUGACAUCGGAGUUACCACAGUGUGCCUUCCCCAGGUCCUCGUUGCUCCAGGGCGUAGCUCCGUUACCCUGGGGGGCCUAUGGGGGUGCGGGGUACAGGCACCCAUCGCUCCGGGACACCUUGCCUCAGUGCUCAUCUCUGUCAAAUUAAAGACUCAAGAGCUGUGUGAAGAAGCUGAGCAGCGUCUCCCUGGCCUGGGCGUGGAGUGAGCUGGUCCCUUCAUCACCAGCACCAUAGACCAGGGGAUGAGGUGCUCCUGGCCCUCCGGCACACCCUCCUGGGCAGACCAGAGGAUGUCCACUGUGCUGAGCCUGGACUACGACACGUGCGUCAACUCUGCCUGGCUGGACGAGGAGCGCACGCAUGGCUGCACGUUUGUGGGAAGAAGGACGCGGCGCGUUGGCUGGUGGUGCUGCUCACGAUUCUUGUUGUGUGUGAGAUUGCCAUUGCCAUCAAGUCACUCUCCAAAUGCAAAUACUCCUGGCUCCAGAUGUACAGUGACUGCGGGGUGCAGCAGGAGGCGCUAACUCUCCCCUACCCGCUGUUUGUCGCGCUGAACAUUGGCCCGGCGCUUGUGGCUGCCUUCCUCGGCUCUUAUGUGGAGCCCGUGGCUGCCGGCAGUGGCAUCCCGCAGGUCAAGUGUUACCUGAAUGGUGCCAAGGUGUCCUGUGUGGUGAGGAUCAAGACCCUGAUGAGCAAGGCCGUGGGGGUGACCUUCUCUGUGCUGGGAGGCCAGGCCGUGGGAAAGGUCAGGUCGUGGGCAAGGUCUGUGGCCGUGAGCUGACCACCAAGAUGCUGCUGCCCACGGUGCCAGCCAUGGCCAAGGGCAGGGUGGCCAAGACUACAGAUGAUGGGCCACUCCUAGACAAAGAGGACUUGGACACACUGUUCUGCGGCACCACCAGCAGCAGCAGCCUGCACAUCCAUGGCCUGCAGGAGGAGGACGAGGGGACGUACAGGUGCCGGGCGGAGAACAGGGACCUGGACACACUGUUCUGCGGCACCAGCAGCAGCAGCCUGCACAUCCAUGGCCUGCAGGAGGAGGACGAGGGGACGUACAGGUGCCGGGCGGAGAACAGGGAGGACUCGCUCGACGCCGUGGCCCACAUACAGGUCCAAGUUGCUCCGAGGUUUCUGAGGCAGCCGGCCAACGCUCUCGCCUAUGAGAAGGAGAACGUGGAGCUGGAGUGCAGCGUGUACGGCCAGCCAGAGCCCUCGCUCCACUGGCUCAAGAACGGCGAGCUGCUGGUGGAGACGGAAUACCUUCAGAGAACGCGUCCAGAACGUGAGUGCAGCUCCUCCAGCGAGGGACGAGAUGAAUACAAGACCCAGAUCAGCGACCUAAGUCCCGGGAGUAACUACAUGGUGCGGGUGGCGGCCCACACCUCCGGCGGCCUGGUGGGCGCCUCCAUACACGAGGUGCGGGUGUUCACCAAGCCGGACCUGGACCUGCCCUCCGCCUCAGAGUCUGAAAGUUGUCUCCACCUCACCCACCAGUCUGGAGGCCACUUGGUCGCCGCCCGUACUGGCCAAAACGCCCAUCACGGGAUACACCAUGUUCUAUACGCAGUUUUCUCCUCAGGUUGGGUCAGCAGAAGAACACGAAGUAAAGGUCACUGGUACGUCACAUGACCUCCAAGGCCUGGACCAGUUCACUGAGCACAGCGUGUGGCUCACCGCCGUCAACAGUAAUGGCGGGGGAGACGCCACCCGGAGGUCACUGCCAGAACCUUCUCAGACGUGCCCUCAAAGGAGCCUCAGAAUGUGAGCGUUGAGGCUGCCAGCUCAAGGAGCCUCAUCAUCUGCUGGGAGCCUCCGCUGGCCGAGCACCAGAAUGGGAUCAUCACCAGCUGCAAGAUCCUCUACAAGGAGCGCGGCGAGUCAGGUUCCUCCAAGACCAAAGCCACAGACAGAAACAGACGACUCUUUGCCCUCAAGAAAAGCACCACAUACUCCAUAAAGGUUUAACCUGUCUGCUGCGAUUGGCACAGAUUUCACAUUCACUGGUAGCCUGAUAACAUACAGUCCCUGGUCUUUCUCUGCCUCUGUGGUGGAUAAUGGAGUGUUUCCCAUGUGGUAUUGGUGUGCUGGAUAUCUCUUCACUGGUAGCCUGAUAACAUACAGUCCCUGGUCUUUCUCUGCCUCUGUGGUGGAUAGUGGAGUGUUUCCCAUGUGGUAUUGGUGUGCUGGAUAUCCCCUCCCAUGGUGCAGGACUUACCUUUUCUUCAUUGAAUUGUAGCCACAGAUACUUUUUGUUCUCGCUGUUCAUUUCCCAUUUCCUUCUGGUUCUCCUCCUCCUCCUGUAACCCUCUCUUUCCUGUCCCUACUGAUCAUGUUCUCUUUUUUCCUCUUGCUGUUCCUGUGUUCCCGCCCUGCCAAAUAUUCUCCCGCGUCCUGCUUCUCGGCAUUUCCUUGAGCAGGUUAGUGCAGAGAGCGUAUACAGCUUAGGGUCGGAGAGGCUUUGACGGAGCUCAACCAACGUAAUGUACAGACUGAAGCGACACAGCGCCACAAAGAGAGCCCACGAGACCACAAUUACACACUGUACAUAUAUAACAUAAACUUGGGCGAGGCUGUGGAUUUUGAUGCAGCGGAUGUACAUUUUGAUCCAAUGACCCUGAUAACCUAAAACCGGUGAAUGUAUAGGAGGCGAAGCUACACACGCACACGCACACACACACACACACACACACACACACGCAAUAAUACAAUACCCGUCAACAUUACAAAGAGAAAGUAUUCUUCCCAUGAUAAAUACUGAUUAAAAAGUCUUGUGUGUGUGUGUGUGUGUGUGUGUAAUUCACCUCGGCCUGAUCACGAGUUGGACUCGGUCCCGCCAGCAGGUACCCUCCCGACGUGAACAAGUGCUCAUCAUCAUCGAUCUCUGGGUACUGCCAGGACCUCACACACCACACCCCCCAUCCCCCUUGCUCAAGGGAGGACAGUAACCACUCCUUGUCAACAGAAAGAAUCCGGCCUGAUGGGGGCUCAAACCGCUGCCUGUUUGGCCGUAAAGCCUUGCAGCGCAGCGCUCUACCGAUUGAGCUGUGUGUGUGUGUGCAACUGUGUGUGUGUGUGUGUGUGUGUGUGUGUGUGUGUGUGUGUGUGUGUGUGUGUGUGUGUGUGUGUAGCCUCGCCUCCUAUACAUUCACUCUGGUUUAGAUUAGCAGCUGCUGCAGUCUGACUCGACUCGCUCUCCUGAUCAUUACUGCCGCAGGAAAUGACAUAACUGUCUUCUCCCACACUCUACCUUCUCUUCCUUGCUUUAUUCUUCAUUAUUACCAUUACCAGAAGCUUUAUUACUCUGUUCCCCGCAUAAGGAGGACGAGGGGACAGACACAUGCGUUUGGCUUCCUGAUGCAAUACAUAUUAUCAAGGGAAGCAUGAUAGCAAGAGAAUAUUGAGCUACACACAACUUUUACUACCAUUAUUAUUGGCAAGAUUGUCACGUGUAAGGAGGACGGGGAGGCAGGGACAUGGGUUUGGCUUCCUGACACAACACGCAUCAUCAAAGGAAGCAAGGCAGCAAGCGAAUAAUGAGCAGCACACAACUAUACGCAUACAAUUCCAGCACUGCCGCCAGGUAAGACCACGAGACUAACAAUGAGGAGCCCAACAACAUCGUUACGUCCGCAUUGCAUCGCUCCACAUCUUAUCCGCCCCCAGUUACCAGCGCAUAGAAGCUCCUGCCCUUCCCCAUUACGCGUAUAUCAUUAGCCAAGCGAAAAGAAAGCCACUCCCUCCAUCCCUUCAACUCAGGCUACAUGUGAUUGGGGGAUUUUUUGGGAAAAGAUGGUGCUGGUUAAUGGUAUUUCCUUGGCUGGGGAUAUCCGCCAAGGUAACCUGAAGAGUUUUUAGUGAAGGUACCAUAAGGUUGAAGGCGGAUUUUCUAAUGGUAACAACAAUAAGACUGACACUCGUUUACUCCUUUUCCUUCUGCCUCACCAACUACUUCUGUGAGAGUCUAUCAGUUGCCAUAUGUGUUUCUACCCCUCAAUCUACAUUCUAUCUCACGUUAGUUCACCGCAGUAUCACCAACGCCAUCACCACAUAUAUCAACAAACGCCACAACAUACCAACAUACCACACACCAACACAUUCACUAAACACAAACCAGAAACUUCAAACCAUCAACACACGUGAUGACAGACUUACUCCCUCAUAAAUGGACACUCGGCCUCGAUUCAUUAUACAAAUACGCUAAUUAUUCUAAGAAGCCUAAAUUAUUGGUAACGUUAAACCUGGUGUGUGUGUG